CCUGCCGCCAGAGGCUGCGGACGCACUUCCGGCGUGCGUACGCCUCCUCUUGCGCUCUCCUGUUAAUGGCGGGCGGCGGCUGCUAACAGGGUCGCAGAUAACCGCUGCCCUCACGGGUAAAGUCUGCCCUGCUUCCUACUAUCUGCUCGCCGCCAGUGCCCGAGGUCCCCAGCAUGUCUGUGGUACCGCCCAAUCGCUCGCAGACCGGCUGGCCCCGGGGGGUCAAUCAGUUUGGCAACAAGUACAUCCAGCAGACCAAGCCCCUCACCCUGGAGCGCACCAUCAACCUGUACCCUCUUACCAAUUAUACUUUUGGUACAAAAGAGCCCCUCUAUGAGAAGGACAGCUCUGUUGCAGCCAGAUUUCAGCGCAUGAGGGAGGAAUUUGAUAAAAUUGGAAUGAGGAGGACUGUAGAGGGGGUUCUGAUUGUACAUGAGCACCGUCUACCCCAUGUGUUACUGCUACAGCUGGGAACAACUUUCUUCAAAUUACCUGGUGGUGAACUUAACCCAGGAGAAGAUGAAGUUGAAGGACUAAAACGCUUAAUGACAGAGAUACUGGGUCGUCAAGAUGGAGUCCUUCAAGACUGGGUCAUUGAUGACUGCAUUGGUAACUGGUGGAGACCAAAUUUUGAACCUCCUCAGUAUCCAUAUAUUCCUGCACAUAUUACAAAGCCUAAGGAACAUAAGAAGUUGUUUCUGGUUCAGCUUCAAGAGAAAGCCUUGUUUGCAGUCCCUAAAAAUUACAAGUUGGUAGCUGCACCAUUGUUUGAAUUGUAUGACAAUGCACCGGGAUAUGGACCCAUCAUUUCUAGUCUCCCUCAGCUGUUGAGCAGGUUCAAUUUUAUAUACAACUGAAUUUCUGCGCAAUAGAGAAGUAAAAGAAGCCGUCUCCGUGAGCACAGCUAUACACAGUUAUAGAAGAAUAAAUGUGGUAGAAAAGUGUUUUGGUUUUAUCUCUUUCCUGGUCCCUAAAUUGCUACUUACUUUCUAUUGUUUGAAUAGUAAAGUUAACAUGAAGAACUAGAUAGUGGUAUCAGCAAAUGUGAUGAUGUUUAUUUACUUUUGGUUUUACUUAUACUUUUUUGUACAACAUUAAAGAAAAUGGACUU